AGGGGGCACUCUCCCGUAACUCUCACAUUGAAUCAACGCGCCAAUUCAAGAAGAAGAGAAAUCAACAUCCGGCCAAAGCGUGACGAGAGCAGCAACAAAGACAGAAUAUUUUGGCCAUGUACUGCGGAGGAUUUGAUCGGGAAAACAUUACACUAUCUUAACUCUUAUUAUUCCUCCUUUAUUCAUAAUGAAUCCCUCAAAUUUUUUUGGUAGACCCCAAACUGCCUUUCAGCCCACAAGCAACAGUAAUCAGUCUGGCAACCUGUUCCAGUCUAUCGCACAGCAGAACACAACGCAGGGUGUUGGCUUCGGGCAGACAUCUGCAUUUAGUCAGCCAACUUUUGGUCAGCUAUCAGGGCAGCCCUCUGGCUUUGGCCAAGCCCCUACUUUUGGGCAGACACCUGCUUUCGGUCAGAGUGCUGGAUCAACUCAAGGACUGGGGCAACCAUCAUCUUUUUCAUCUCUGGCAUCAACUCCAGCUUUUGGACAGGGGUCUAGUUUAGGUCAAGGGACACUGGGAUUUGGGGCACCACCUCCUUCAUACGCACAAGCCACGAGUCAAAACCAAGUGCCUGCAUUCGGUCAGGUUUCUGCAUUCGGACAACCGUCUGGAUUUGGUCUUUCCUCCGCCGUCACUACACCGUCCACCAACUUCAGCAACAGUUCUUCCAGCCAGACCAGUUUUAGUCAGUUUUCUUCCCUGCCUGUACCUACAGUAACAUCAAGCUCCUCUGGAGGAGGCAGACCUGAUAAUCCUACCGGUGGCAUUGGGUCCCAAUUUAGUUUCAAGCCACCCAGUGAAGCUGUUUUCAAACCCAUUUUCAGUGUCAGUCCAGAGCCUCCUACCCUAAAGGUGUCUUCAGCUUCAGAACUUUUCGGGACAUCCAAGACUGUGGACAGCGGUACUUCUGGUGGUUCUCUCUUCUCAUGUGUAAAGCCAAGCAAUCUGGGCUUUAGCUUCUCCCAGCCGGCGGCAGCCCCGUCUGUUUCGAUCCCCAGUUCGAAUUUUUCACAGGAGGCACUCGGUGGUGGCAGCAACAUAAAGUUCACUUUCUCUCAACCUGCCAAUCCUUCAAGUAGCGCUACACCUGCUUCUCAGCCUACCACUCCAUCCACCUUCAGCUUCACAACAAAGACCCUCCAGCCUCAAAUAGAGACCAAAGUGCCUGCGUUUGGUGCUCCUACCAUAGGAUCAUAUGGAUUUGGGGCCUCAAAAACCGAAACCACACAAAAAACAGAGGAGAGAGCCGGUGAUGGGCAGAGCAGCAGAGGAGACGCGGUUUUUGGGAGUUGUGGCACAAAGCGUAAAGAGGAGAUGCUGGAUCCAAGUACUGCUCAAGGAAAAACAGAUAAAAGUGAAAAUGCUGAAGCGGGCGCAGAGGGCCCAAGACAACCGGCCAAACGAGCGCUAAUGAGGCCCCGGGGCCCUGUUGGAGGGCUCUUCCGUAGUGCAAUGUCUGAUUUAAUGAAGUCCAAAGUCAGCCCAGUAAAGAGAGAAGGUCCUCCUCCAGAAAGACCUAAUCCUCCUGGUCCAGCUGGUGAUGCAUCUACGACAACACUUAGGGGUCAGGAUCCAACAGUUUUGAGAAAAGCAGAUGAAAUUUCACCUGAGGCUGACUCUCAGACGCCCUCUCCAGGUAGACGUGCGGUUCGAAAGGAGAGCACAGACAGUUUAGGUGGCCUUUCCCCAUCUGAUGCCACUGUCAUUCAGUGUAAGGGCAUACCGUCCAACCUCAACAGGAAGGAUCUUGUUGCACAGCAUUUUGGGCAAUUUGGGAAGGUGCUGAAGGUGUACUGCAGGCCUCAGAAGAAUCUAACCAUUGUGCAUUUUCAAGAUCAUAUGUCUGCUGCCAAAGCCAAAAAGAGGGGGAAGGUAUUUCAGAGAAAUGAAAUUCAUAUAUUUUGGCAAAGAAAAAAGCCAAGUCCAAGUGAAAAAGGGACAAAACCUACAGAGGUCAAAGAUCACAUGAGCGGAGAGAUGGAGAAUGCGUCUGAAUUGUUGCAGCCCUCACGUAAUCGCAAACCUCUUCCUAAAUUAAUGGACUUCUGCGCCUCUAGCACUCUCACUAAAGGCUCUCCAAUCAAGAAGUCUUCAAUUGCUAAAACUCUUCAGUUCGAAAGUGAAUCGCCGCCGGAAUCAGUCUCAGAGGCGCGAAGUGUAGAACGACCUAUUAUAAACCUUCCCUCAGUUCUCCAGCCUCUGAUUGGGCAGGUGGCUGAAACGGCAGAGGAGAGGUACCGCCUCCUAGAGCAGAGAGACAAGCUCUUACGGCAGGCUCGGCCCAAAAGAACAGGCCUAGACAUGUCAAAGGUUUUCGUGGGAACGUGCCCUGAUAUGUGCCCGGAAAAAGAGAGGUACAUGAGGGAGACCCGUAAUCAACUAAGCGUCUUUGAGGUCGUUCCAGAUACAGAGAAGGUGGACCAUUUUGCUGCCAUCAAAGAAUACAGUAGGUCUUCAGCCGAUCAGGAAGAACCUCUCCCUCAUGAGCUUAGGCCACUUCCUGUGCUGAGCAUGACUAUGGACUAUCUCGUGACUCAGGUUAUGGACCAAGGCGAGGGAAAUUACCGUGACUGGUAUGAUUUUGUCUGGAAUAGAACCAGAGGAAUUCGCAAGGACAUUACCCAGCAGCAUUUAUGUGAUCCGAUCACGGUGUCACUCAUCGAGAAAUGUACCCGUUUCCACAUUCACUGCGCCCAUCACCUCUGUCAGGAACCCAUGAUGUCUUUCGAUUCGAAGAUCAACAAUGAGAAUAUGACAAAAUGCCUGCAGAGUUUGAAGGAGAUGUAUCAAGACCUGGCAACCAAAGAGGUGUACUGCCCCCAUGAGGCGGAAUUCCGCCAGUACAACGUAUUGCUCAAGCUCAAUGAUGGAGAUAUCCUUCGUGAGGUGCAGCAAUUUCGUAAAGAAGUGCGAGAGUCUCCGGAGGUGGAUUUCGCUGUGCAGGCCUUUGCAGCGCUCAACAGUAAUAACUUUGUUCGUUUCUUCAAACUUGUGAAUGCGGCUUCUUAUUUGAGCAGCUGCAUGCUUCACAGAUACUUCAAUCAGGUCAGGAGCAAGGCCCUGAAAAUCCUCAAUGUGGCCUUUACUGUCGGGUCACAGAGAUCUACUAUUUUCCCAAUCGACGACUUUGUCAGAAUGCUUAUGUUUCGUAAUGCUACUGAAGCAGCAGACUUCAUUCAGCAGUUUGGCCUCAGUGUCAGUGAUGGCCUUGUAGAACUUAGCCGGACGGCCUAUCAGGAACCAGAUUGCUCCCUGCCGCAGAAGAAGUCGGUUGCUAUUGAGAGGAAGAGAACUGUGCUCAUCGGAGAGGUGGUCAACAGUGGGCCGCUGCCUAAUCCACCCCAGCACACCCCGGUUUGCAGCUUUGACUCUAGCAACAAGUAUACUGGAGAUCGUCUGUCUUUAGAUCCUCCACCAGCUGGGCUGAAAGGGUAUUCACAGAGGCAGGACAUGCCGUUGGAGCCUGACCUUGGGUUUCAGGUGAAACCCAGACUUCUGGCCGAACCACGGCUGUUUGGAGAAACCUCUGCCAUAGCCGAACCUUUGAAACCCAAAAUCACAGAGGAGACUGGAGAGAAAACUCAGACGGCAGAAUCCACUCUGAUGAAUCCUCAGCUGAUCUUCCAACCCAUAACCACCUUACAGCCAGCCCAGCCACCACCUCCUCCACCAAAACCAGCAUACACAGAUCAGGAUAUCAUGGCUGUGGUGGACUCGGUGCUCAAUGAGGUCCUGGAGACAGAAGUCUGUAAUGUAACUCGUGCAACUGCUGAAUAUGUGUCCGCUGCCAAUAGUGCGGCUGACGAUGAGCUGGAAACUGUAGUGAGUGAAGUCAAUAAACAGAUGCUGGAGGAAAUAUCCACAUCAGAGAUCAAAGCUGCGAAGCACAGAAUUGCAGAAGAGAAACGUAGGAUGGAAGAAAUCAGACGAAAAGAGGUCUUCCUUGAGCAGUUCAGUGUUGAGCUGUCCUCUAAGAUCAGUGAGGAGGUGCUAACCCAGACCAUCAGUGAAACUGCUAAGGCUGAAUUCAGGUUUGCAUUGGAGGAGAAAGAGGCUUUUAUUGCUCAGUGCUCAGAGGAGGAGAGUAACAGGAUAGUGGAGGAGACGCUGGCUGAGGAGGUGGCGGCAAUGGCACAGGAGGUCCUGGAUUAUGAGUUGAGACGCAUCCGCAAGUUCGUCAAGAGGUGGCUUGAUGUGGUAGCUGUGCGACGUCAGCUGAAGAGACAGAUGCGUGGCUUCCCUGCAGCCCCAGGCUGUGUGGAUCCACGGUUCAAAUUAAAGGCCUUUGUCCCCAGUGCCCCUUCAAGCCCCUCUCUGGACCUCCUGGCCCAGGGGAUGGUAAAUCUGGGCAACUCUGGGAACAUGGCGGUGUCUUGCACAAGGUUGCUUAAAAUGAGACAGGAAGCGGUUCAUCAAAUGAAAGUUUCCUAUUAUUACAAUCUUUUACUGAGUGAGCGUGUAUGGAUGCCUCUUGACCUGCCCACCCUUGUGGCAGAAAGCAUUCCUGAUGCACCUAACAGGAUCUUCUGGAAAGCCAGUCUUUUAUUGCCCAGCGACUGUGAUAGUGACACAAGCUUUGCCAGCAGGAUUAUGACAGAUUGGCUUGAGGUGAAAUUGGGCGGAGAAAAUACAAUUGAUGAAUUUGAGAAAGAACAACAAGGACCCCUGAAAACGCUCUGUGUUAGUCACAGUUUGAGAAAUGUUAGAGAAAAGACUCAUGAAGUUCACAUCGCUAUAAAGGCAUGUCACGGGCCAUUGUGUGAGGAAGAUCAGUGCUUGUUAGAGAAACGAAAGGCGCUUCAUGGUACCAAUGCAUUGCUUUUGCUACUGCCCCCUCUACUGCAAGAGGAGGAAGAUGUGACCCUGCUCUCAGCAUUUCUCCAGCUGAGACAAGUGCAGCAAGCCAGCUGCUGGCACUCUCCUUUACCCCUGGCUGUAGUGGUUACUGAUUAUGAAGAGGAUAUUAUCAGUGACCAGGGUUUGGAAGAAGCCCUCAAUUUGAAUACAUUGGUCAAAGAUGGUCUUAUCUCCGAAUACAUCUUUAUCCACAUACCAGCAGCCCUCAGUGACCUGCAAGGCUCAGAGCAGAUGAGUGACAUAGUGAGAUGGCUUGCGUCCCGCUCCUCUGCUGUCCCAGUACUCUCCUCUCAGACCCUGCUGCAGGUUGUUGAAUUAGGCCUGUGCCAUGAGUUCCACUCCAGACUACAGAGAGACCAGGAGGACAGAAGACAUGCAGGUCUUCCGUCUCAGCACCCAGAACCCAUAGUGCACCUCUGUAACAGCGUGUUGAAGUUCCUGGCAGAUGUCGUCUCAUCCGACCACCUGACCAGUCUCUGCUGGCCACCUCCAGAGUUUUUAUACCCUGAGAACAUUGAGAUGAUUCCUCAUCAGGCCUGGAACUCUCCGGAGCACCUGAACUGGCUGAGGAGGGCCAUUCUUAGCCGUCAGCUUCCUGAAUGGGAUCUUCCUCCUAUAAGUGCUACAUGGCCACACUUGUGUGCAUCUAUACUGACGUAUGUAUCCCAGAUACCAACCUCACCCUUAAGCCAACCCAUCCUAAUGUCCCGGCUAGAGAAUCUGCUCAGAAGGGUGAAUUACCAAUGCUUAAAUAUGAACAGUGCAGAUGAAGAUGACCCUAUGGAGAUUAGACCGUCCUUUUACGAUAUUCCCUGGGAUGAGAUCAUAUGUCUGUGUGUAGAGCAUCGUAUGAAGGAUUGGAGUUUACAGCCGCUUAUGGCCGAAGAUGCCCUCACUGAUAAUGGCGAAAUUCUCGUGUACUUUAACAAAGAAAGCCUGGAGGGUUUCCAGCCCCCGGACAUCUGGAUAGAGGCUGUGAAACAGACAUACCAGGAGAAGAAACGGGCGUCAGAAAUCGUAAAGGUCAAAGUGCCUUCAACUGCAUCCAGACGCAGACUUCUAAAGCAGCAACUCUUUCAAAGCCAGAUAGACGUGGAGGACCGGCCUUCCAUUCCAGACACCACAGAUGUUCCCAUAGCACGGCGCCUUGAAAGAAUUCUCUCCUCUGUUCGCAAGAUGAACGUCGAGGGAAAGAGGAUUGGAGAUCAGAUUCAGCGUCGGAUUGAAGCAGAUCCUUUGCACCCUGCCUCUUUUAAUCUUGAUCUGCCCACUGCCCUCCUCUCAACCACUCCUUUUAUCACAAACUCCUCCCACAAGCGCCCUGGCUCUCGCACAGUCCAUAUACAGGAAAUGGGAUCAGAUGAGCCUGUUGAGAAGCGAUCAUCUCCUUUCCUAAAGAGCAGACCGUUUACUCCAGACACCACACAUACUUCUGUAGUAGAGCGACUUCAACAUACUCUCUCUGUUGUUCAAGAGAUGAACAUCGAGGGUCAAAGGAUUGGAGAGCAGAUUCAACAUCGGAUUGAAGCGGAUCCUUUGUGCUCUGCAUCUUUUCCUUAUUUCCUUCCCUCCACCCUCCUCUCUUCACCUCCUUUGAACAUAACCCCCUCUCGAAAGCAUGCUGCUGCUGCUGCUAAUGAGGAUGUCCACAUACAGGAAAUGGAAAUGAAUGAACCAGCUGAGAAGUCAUCUCCUUGGGAGAAAGGCAGGCCAGUGUCUUUGUUACAACGUCUGCAGGACUUGAAACGAGAAAUAUCAAGUCAACAAGAGGAGGAUCGUGUGUGUGGUUUUAAACUGAAGUGUCUUGUAGACAUGGUUGAGACCUGAAGGUGUUUCAGGUCAUUACAAUAAAGAUGAACAAGUAAUUUGACCAACUGUUGGUCAUCCAUUUUCAAAACAAUGAUCUUAGCAUGUAAAUCUUUAUUUAAACAUUGUUAGUAUCAUCGCGUUUGUCUUCAAAGAUGUGAUUAAAGUUCAAAGAUAUUUUUCUGAAUUAAAACGUAUAUUUUUGGACAACAAUAAAGUUGAGUUUUAUUUAACUUUUGUAUGUUUUUUUUUUUUUAACCGCUUUAAAUGUUAAACGAUACUGUGGAGCAUGUUUUAUGGAUUUAUUUUGAUUAAUUUCUGUGUUUUGCAUUUCCCGAGGUAACCUAUAGUUUUAAAUAAGCAAUAGCCAAAAAUACUUUGUAUGGGUCAAAAUUAUAGAUUUUUGUUAUGCCAAAUAACAAGUAAACAUGUUACAUGAAAAUAUUUUGUGAGUGGAUGCAGAGCUAAGGACUUAAUUUGGACAAAUUUAAAGACGAUUUUCUCAAUAUUUUGACUUUCAGAUGAUGGAUUUUAAAAUCUGUAUUUUGAAGUUGUUGUUUUUUGUCCUUUUUUCAUUGUUUCUCUGUAUGUCUAUUUUAGAGCACAGAGUAAUGUUUGCAAUGAUUUGUUAUGUUUAACCAUCAUAAAAGCAUAAUAAGCUACUCAUUGUGGAAGUGACUUGGUAAAAUGAAAAUUUAAUAUUGGAAAAAAACUUUUUUCACCACAAAAUUAUUUGUAUUGUUAUUCACUUUAAUAAAUAGGUUGGAAUUAUGGAAUAAA